GAGAACCUGUGGAUGAGACGGCUCUGCAUGCAACGCUCUGUGUAAAAGGCAGCCCCUAGUAAUAAUUAAACUCCUCAGUAAUUUGUCAGACAGGCAUGUCAGAGAUUGGUAAACUUUCCCAGCUCUUAAAGGGAGUGUUUCCCUGGAAUGCAAAGUAGAAAUCAAAUCUAAACACAGUCAUUUAUCAAAGAAAACAUUGGAAGGUACGCCCGCCCGGAUAACCAGCUCGCCCAUUCUCCAUGCACUGAGUGCUUCAUUCUGGGAUGUGACUGCAGUGUGCGCUCAGAAAGACUGGGAGGUGACUGCAGUCUCAGGCUGGUACCCUGUAACAGAACAUUAUCUGAGGACUACUCUGAGACGCCUCAAACAAGGCCUGCCAUAAAGUGAAGGUCAGGGCAGGAUCCACCAUCAUUAUGGCUUUGAUGAGAUAAAGACUGGCCACUGCAGCCUCCGAUGGAUAGAGCUGAGCGAUUUGAAGGCUGGCGUAUACAGUAUUAUGAGAUCCAUGUCCUUCUACAGACACCAUCUCCUCUUACUUGGCUUCCUGAGUUUCUGCUCUACAAAAAAUCUUGCAAACAGUCAAAACCAUACGUUGAUAUUCUCCAAGGACAACAACGUCCGCAACUGCAGCUGCUCCUCGGACAUCAAAAGCUGCGACUACAGCCUGGCCAACCUGGAGUGUAGCUGUAAGACCAUCGCCCUGCCGAAGAACAAGACCGGCUCCAGGCUGAUCCACAGUGGUGAGCUGACCGUCUGGUUCUCCGACAUCCUCACUCUGGGAAAGCUGGUUAACUUCACGUUCGUACAUAAUUUAAAACUUUCUCUGUGCGGAGCAGCUACCCUGCCGGCGGAAUACCUGGCCAUCCUGGGGCUCCGUCACCUGCGUGUGCAGGCUGACGCUACACGUGAACAGAGCCUGACGAUACAGAACAAUAGUAGCGAGCAAGAGGACAAGGACAGGCUGUGCCAAGUGUCCACAGACAAGACAUCCCCAUUUCACCUCUCUUACCUAGACACCUCCUUGUUUAAUGGACUUCCCUUGUUAAAAUCAUACAGUGUGGAGAAUGUUUCAAGUAUAACGAAGCACUUUCCAAACCUGCCCUUCUCUGGCGUCAUUGCAGCCACAAAUAAGAGUUACAUUGUGACUUUAAUUUACUGAUGGCCAGAGAGAGCUUUAACUGCAAUACUGGCUUAGAGUGCCACUUAGCAACAUUGUACCCCAGCUAAAAGCUCUAUAACAUGGACUAGAACUAUAACAUUCGGGGGCUGCAAUCGGUUUUGUGGGCUGCAUGUGGCCCUCUUCCUUUCCAUUCAGAGCCCUCUAGUACUUUUACCGCUUUCAGGGCGUGAUUCAGACAAUUUAGAUUUGGGUGGGGUGCGCUUAAAGUGAAAUCUAAAUUGCAGAGUAAAAAUAAAGCUGCCUAACAUCUGUGGGCUACAUGCUAACGCAGCCAGUAUUUACCCGGCACAGAAACAAUAUACAGUAAAUGCAUUUGCUCCCCUUGCAUGGCAGCAUGGUUUGUUAGGGGCCCCAUACACUAGAGCGAUAAUGCCUGAUUUCAGCCCAAUUCGAGCAUUCGGCCCGAUAUAUUGGAUGAAGGGGGUAAUUCCAAGUUGAUCACAGCAGGAAUUUUUUUUAGCAGUUGGGCAAAACCAUGUGCACUGCAGGGGAGGCAGAUAUAACAUGUGCAGAGAGAGUUAGAUUUGGGUGGGUUAUUUUGUUUCUGUGCAGGGUGAAUACUGGCUGCUUUAUUUUUACACUGCAAUUUAGAUUGUAGAUUGAACUCACCACACCCAAAUCUAAUUCUCUCUGCACAUGUUAUAUCUGCCUCCCCUGCAGUGCACAUGGGGGGUAAUUCCAAGUUGAUCGCAGCAGGAAUUUUUUUAGCAGUUGGGCAAAACCAUGUGCAGUGCAGGGGAGGCAGAUAUAACAUGUGCAGAGAGAGUUAGAUUUGGGUGGGUUAUUUUGUUUCUGUGCAGGGUAAAUACUGGCUGCUUUAUUUUUACACUGCAAUUUAGAUUGCAGAUUGAACUCACCGCACCCAAAUCUAACUCUCUCUGCACAUGUUAUAUCUGCCUCCCCUGCAGUGCACAUGGUUUUGUCCAACUGCUAAAAAAUUUCCUGCUGCGAUCAACUUGGAAUUACCCCCAAAAUCGGGCAUUUUUGUUAGGUAUUUCCAAUCCGAUGCGCGUUCCCGUGAGCAUUGGAUCGGAUUCUCCAGAUUGAAUGUGCUGCACAUUCAAUCACGUCCGACCAGGGGGCAUGGCUGGGAUUGCCCAGGAUACAUCGUAUGCAAAAGUACAGCAUCCGAUGUAUCUUGGGCGAUCCUGCGCCCCGGGAUGCUGCUGGGGUGAUCGCCUGCGACAUGUGGUCGCAUACGUGUAUGGGGCCCUUUACAGACACAAAGUUACUGUAAGUGAAAAACCAGACAGCAGCGACAUUUGCAUAUUUUUGCACAGCCGCUGCGUACGCACUGGCAGCUGCAAAUGCAUUUCUGUACACCUCUGAUUCAGGCCCUCAGGGGCAGGCUACACACCCCUUUAUACAUACAGCUAUUUGGGACCGGUUAUAGGUACAUCCUAAAAUACUGAGUUAGCCGUUCUGAAUAUGAUUCUGCAGAUUGAAAGUUGGAAAACAAAAUUUGGAUUUCUCUAAAUGAGAAAUGUAUUUACAUAGUUACUGUGCAGGAUACAUAAGAGUUGUUCAUUAGGCUCAAUCUCACUGAGCGAUACAGCAAUCUGAACAUGUCUGACACAACGGAAUAUUAAAACACUGUUCUUGAAAAGGA